UGUAUGAUGGUGGCUUGUGGCGCUUGUGGCACGUCCGCACGUCCUAUGCGUGGAACUCGUGGAUCGUAUCGUGUACGUCAAUACGUGUACGUCUCUUAGCCGGGACAACAAAUAAAAUUUUUUCAUUUGUUUUCCGUGUUUUGUUAUAAUUGUUAAUCAUAAUUUCAAUACAGCUACGUAUUAAUUACGUAAAUAUCUUAUUGAAAGAGAUGUUUGCUGUACCGAAUCUAGGACUGUAAUCAAUUCUUAAAAAACAUUUUAACAAUAUUUUUUUUGUCAAAUAACCUCAUUUGUAUAUGAUUUUACAAUCCAAAUCGAUCAUACUUUUACAUUGUAUAUAUAAGCGAAUGAAUAUUCUUCGAUCAGUGUUUAACCUGGAAAAUGGAGGAAAAAAAGGAAAUGAUACGAGGGAAGCAUUUAACUGCUCAGGAACUUUUGAGGAAUAAAGGAAUUUGUACAAAUGCUUGGAAUGAGUGGGAAGAAACUUCUCGAACUUUGCCAAAAGUUGGUGGAAAUAAACAAUUUGAGCCAAAUGGAUCUUGGCUAGAAAAGAAGCAAAUCGAAAAAGGCCUUGAAAGUAGAGAAUUUUUACUUGGUAUUGAGAGAGUUGAACGUUUAUCGCAAUUAGCCAGUGCUGAAUGGUUGCCUGAACAGAAGCGUGCGAAAGUUACAAAAAAAAUUGGCAACGAGUGGGCCAAUUUUGGACAUGAAAUAAAUGCCAAUCUUUAUCUGAUACCUGAAGAGGCAUUGAUACUUUUGGAAACUGAGUGUCUGGAACUCAUAUGGGAAGGAAUUCCAUUAUCGAUCCAACAAGCAUACGAAGUUCUGAUAGAAUCAGAAGGAUCUGACUGUACGUUAGACGAGUACAGAGUUUAUAGUCAAUUGAUUCGAUUGGGUUACCGUUUGCAGCGUUUUCAUUACGAAAAAUCACAGCAGGAGCGGAGUUCUGGACUCACAGAGCCAGUACACAGAAAAAAAGUGAUAGUCAAUCCAGAGAAUGGACUUUGGAUGGCAGGAAUUAAUGCAGAGUCAGUCAAGUCCUCGGGUAACAAAAGGAAGUUGGAAAUCGAGAAAGAUAUUAAAGAAAUAGUGGAGAAUAUGGUGGUAACGAUAAACGGUGAUUCAGAAAGUUCGAAAACUCUCGAUUCUGCAGAAGUCAAAGAUUCUGAUAAUCCUUCAGAACGUAAAUUGAAAAAUCCUCGAGUCGAAAUAAUUUCUGAACAAACGAUUUUAUCACCAAUCAAAAUCGUAAAAGAUGGAGUUCUCACAUCCGAACUCAACGUCCCCAAAUGGCCGGGUUCCAGAAUUCAAAGAAAUGUCAAACUUUUACCAAAAAGAAAUGAUAAAAUGUCUCCGACCGCUACAAUGGUUGAUAGUUCAGCCACAGCGGGUGUUUCUUCUAAAGGUGAACCCGAAAGAACACUCGAUAAACGAAAGAGCACCCAACCGUCGACUGAACUGCCGGAAACAAAAAAAUCUAGACACGAGGUAAUAGAGCUCUCGGAUGAUGAGGCCAACGAAAUUCCAAAACCGAUGUCACGGAUGGAGAUGUUGAAUUGUCUACCGAAUAUAGCGCAGCAGACAUUUAUAACGGAGAACAUUUCGAAACGUUAUGUUCCUCGUGGAGUGAGACCCAAACCGACUUACCGUUACGACAGUAGAAAAUUGAAGCGAAUGGGAGAAAGGGAUAGACCAUUACGAGAAAAUAUUCGGCAGAGAACGGAUGAUUCGAAUGUGUCAUCGAAUAACGCCAAUGCGAUUGUGCCAUAUCAGCGACAAUUCAGAUUCGGUGGCCCGGUACGGCAAUUUAAUUAUGCCUUUAAUUGUUACCAGAAUUCGAUGCGGCCUAAUAUUCAACAAAACUACCAACCAUUCAGGGGAAUCCCGAUUUUUACGAAUGCCCAAUUGACCGGUGUUUGUAUGCAACAAGUUGCGGCGAUGACACGAAACAAUUGGCAAACUUGCCAAAAUCGAUGGUCUUCCUAUUACAUGAAUAUUAUUCGAAACACCGCAAUGCUGGGACAAACGAUACGCAAUAUUUUCAUGCCGAAUACCUUUCAGCAAAAUUUUCAUCAGAAUCAAUUUUUCGACAAUCAACAUUUCCAAAAUCGGCCCCACCGAUAUUUGUUCGAUCGAUAUUCGCGAGACUCGCGUUCGAACCAGCCACAAAUAACCAACUCUUCAAGGGUCUCACGAUCUCUAUCGAGAGUUUCGUCCGACGAACGAGGUGACGAAGUUUAUCAAGCCUCGUUUGUCAAACUCCCUGGAACUUCGUCGUGGACUGAUCUCAAGCAAAAAUGGCGCGAAGCCAAAACAAUAACGAUCGUUGAUGAAGAAAAUGGACAGUACGAUGAAGAUUUAAAUGAAAUUCAAAUCGUCGAGCAAACCAUUAAACCAUUGAUAAACCCUAAAAAUUAUCGUAAUCUUAGCGAAGUUUAUGAAAGACUGAGAAUCAUCAAAUCCGCUACUGACAAAACGGUCAGACGAAAAAGAAACGAUCUGAAAAUAUCUUACAACGUUUAUUCUAGUACUCAACAUUACAGAAAAGCCAAUCCCGGCUUGCCCAUGUUCCACUUAGUGGUAACGAGUCGCAAGGAAAACGUGUUUUUACAGCCAGUCGAAUUGAAUCGUUUGCAGCAAGAUGGAAAAGGGGCACCAAUCAUUUUUGCACACGUCUCAGGUUCCUCAAUCGCUUACAUUCAAUCAGGAAUAAUAACGCUUCCAAAUUUAUUGUAAAAAGUUAACCCAGUGAUUGUAGCUAUUAAUUUUAAGUUUAAUAAAAUUUAUAUUAAA